AUGGCGAGUCCACUAGCCAAGCUCCCGAACGAGCUUUCGCUAGACAUCUUCGACAUGCUCUUAAGUUUUCGCCGCGACUUGGUCUCGUGUCUGCGCUGUUGCCGUCGUUGGCACAACAUCGUCGUGGACAUUCUUUACAACCAUGUAUAUUUAACUCAUCGCCUGAGAGUGACCUCACCUCUUCGACUCUUUGUUAUUCAAGCUACCAGAGUCCAGCAGGUAGAGUCACUCACCCUCAGUGUCUGUCCCACUCUAUUCAGCAAAGAGCCCAAAUCCCCCUUCAAGGGAGACAAACUCAUCGAGUUCCUUCCCCAUAUGACUACUCUACGGAACUUCUCUCUCACAAUUUCACUGUCAAAAUUCUCCAAAAAUCUAUACUACGUACACACGCCUAGUGCCAUACUCUCUGAGAUCAUUCUGGCCCUCCCAGAAACAGUCGUGAACAUAGAGCUUCGUUCCGGCAUCUGGGAUGGGAACAGAGACUACCGCGACGCCAGCGAGCACAGAACAGAUGAGCACGAUCUCUGCGUCGCUCUUAGGGUACUGCUGCCACGCCUACAUACGCUCCGCCUUUGCGUAUCCCACAUCUGCGCCAAGUUCUUAGCCGCAACCGGCAACGCCGUGAACAUAUCGUACCCACUACGUCAAGUUACUAUCCAUCCCGAGGACAACACAUGGUCGGAAACGUGGGACGAUGAUAUCAUCCGUCAAAUGGCGUCCUUCUACAACCUAAAGACUUUCCCGCAUCUCCAGUCCUUCAACAUACUCACUCACAACCCUAGAUGGGGCACGAAGAUAACUUGGAGCACAUGGGCCAUCCGCGACAUCGUGUCUAAUACCACAUCACUCAUCCCGUACAAAUGGCCAGUCAGGAGCGACGAAUUAGAAAUGUGGGUCCUGCGGGAUACCGCCGGUAAAGACCAUAUGUUCCGUAAUCGGUAUUGGGCGGACGACGCAAUAGAAGAGGGGCUUUCGACAUGGGUUUUAGGAUAUAACCAUAUGCGAUUGCCUCGGGGCGAAGGUACCGAUGGAGAGCGACGGAAGCUGGGACUAAAAGACGUAAUUGAAAAGACCAGCAGCGUUGAGUUUGGAAAGCACAUCAUUCAGCUGCCACAAAAUGGUUCGCUGUAUAGGCAGACUGCAGUGGACAAAUAUGGGGCUCAAAUGGAUCUAUGGAAAUGGGAAUCUAUGACGGAGUCCACGCUCAUGAGAGCAUGCUGUCAAAAAGGGUUCCUGCUUGGGUCAGAUUUGGUCGCUUUGGAAGUUACUUUACCCCCAAAUUGGGAGUGGUCUCGCGAAAUUGACGAAGAGAGCGACGACUCAGAUGACCCUUCCAAUGCUCUCAUGCCAGUGUACAAGGGUAUAUAAGUUUGGGUGUAUUUGACAGUACAAAGCCAAGGAGUUGGCUUAUUGUCUCUUUUUUAUCCCUACUCAGGCUGCAGCAGAGAAUUUUGGAAACUGGUUGUGAAACCGCAGACAGUGAAAAAUUAUCACGCAGAGAGCAAAAUUAGCCAACAAAUAGCAUGUGAAGCAUCUCUAGAAAACGCGAUCAUCAUCAAAGGCUAUUCCUCGCACCUAUAUCCCCUUAGAUACUCCAGU